CUUCGCAUUAUGCAUUCAUCGCUCUUUCCCACUUACCAUCUUCACAAAUCCCCACAAAUCUCUCGGGAAAUUGCCUGCGAUAUUGCAAUUUGCAAAUCCAAUCAUCCAGAUCCAAAUCCAAUCGAUCUAUAUAAACACACAUACACUGACGCAUUUGGAUAAGCGGAGAUGGCGGGCGGCUACAGGGCGGCGGAGGACGACUACGACUACCUCUUCAAGCUGGUGGUGAUCGGCGAUUCCGGCGUCGGAAAAUCGAAUCUGCUGUCGCGAUUCGCUCGCAACGAGUUCUGCUUGGACUCCAAGUCCACCAUCGGCGUCGAAUUCGCCACGCGCAGCAUUCGCGUCGAUGAUAAGGUCAUCAAGGCUCAGAUUUGGGAUACCGCCGGCCAGGAACGAUAUCGCGCGAUCACCAGUGCCUACUACCGGGGAGCAGUCGGGGCGCUAAUCGUGUACGACGUCACCCGGCAAGUAACUUUCGAAAGCGUUGAGAGAUGGCUGAAGGAGCUCCGAGACCACACGGAUCAAAGCCUCGUGAUCAUGGUGGUAGGCAACAAGGCGGAUCUGCGCCACCUCCGGGCUGUCUCGACCGAAGACGGGCAAGGUUUCGGCGAGAGGGAGAAGACGUAUUUCAUGGAGACAUCAGCACUUGAGUCCUUGAAUGUUGAGAAUGCUUUCACGGAAGUGCUCACACAGAUAUACUCCGUGGUCAGUCGGAAAGCUCUUGAGGUUGGCGACGAUCCGGCAGCGAUUCCGAAGGGGCAAACCAUAAACGUCGAUGCUCCACCAGUCAAAAAGAUCGGUUGCUGCAGCGCGUGAUCCCGGAAUUCAUCUUCAAGUUAAAGAACAAGUGAACAGAAUUUACAUUGAUUUGAUUUUCUUUCUUGUGUAAUGUAUGUGGAACUACAUAUUAAUAUCUAUACUACAAGCCUUUUAACAA